GAUGGAUCAGCACAUCUCCAUUCUACUUCUGUUCAUUUUCAUCACUGGAGCACACUCACUUAAAUGUCAGGAGUGCUCAGGGCCAGGUCCUUGUCAAGUAAAAACAUGUGCUAAUGGAUAUUCCAAAUGUUCAACAACGACAACUGUUUCUGGUGGAUUAACUUCAACAAGUAAAUCAUGUUCAAACACUUGUCAAAAUCAAGAGGUGAUGACGAAGAUAACCACUAAGUGCUGUGAAACUGACCUUUGCAACGGCACAGAUGGACUCUAUAAGGGCAGUUUCAUCCUCCUCCUAUGUCCGCUCUUCUUCCUCACUUUGUUUCACUGAAAUCAACUGAACUUCAGACCACAACUAACAAAUAGAACAACUCAAGAUUUUUUGACUAUUUACUAUAUAUUUACUAUAUAAUGCAUAUUUGUUGCUAAUAUGUGUGUUGUAUCAAUUAUCCAUUUCGUUGUUAGGUUUGUAUGAAUAGGUUUGAGCUUAGUAACAACAUAAAUCACAAUUGCCAUUUAAACAGCACCUGUAAAAAAUGUGUAUGUCCCUUAGUAAAUUUAGCUAAAGAAAACGAGUAAAUUCUACUUUUAAAAAAAAUCAUUCUUGUUUAAACCAAAAUUUUGAGUAAAAAUAACCCAAAAAAUGUGAGUAAUUUAAGUAAUUCUAAAUCAACACAGUAUUGAGUAAAUUUAACUUAAUUUUAUCAUGUAAAAUCCAUGAAUUUGUACAUUUGUUAGAAGGAAAUUUACUUUAAAAUUUUGUGUUUAAACUACUUGAAUGAUUUUUGUAGAUAUAACUAA